GCCAACAAUCUUUAAGCAUACUGUCCAAGAAAUUGGAGAGUUUUAAAGUGGACAAAAAGAAGAAGAAAAAAAAAAACACAAAAAAUGAUUGGGUGGGAAGAUGUGUACAAAGUAAUAGUAGCAGUGGUGCCACUCUACUUUGCACUACUAUUAGGUUAUGGCUCCGUAAGGUGGUGGAAAAUUUUCACAAGAGAACAAUGUGAUGCAAUAAACAAACUAGUUUGUUACUUCACAUUACCUCUCUUCGCCUUCCAGUUCACCGCGCACAUCGAUCCGUUCAAGAUGAACUUCUUAUUCAUAGGCGCGGACACUCUAUCGAAGCUAAUCAUCGUCGCGGUGAUUGGCCUUUGGGCUAAGUGUAGUAGCAAAGGAAGUUCUAGUUGGUCUAUAACAAGCUUCUCUUUGUGUACUCUAACAAACUCUCUUGUUGUUGGAAUACCUAUGGUGAAACCUAUGUAUGGAGCCUUAGGUGUGGACCUUGUAGUACAAGGUUCGGUUGUUCAAGCUAUUGUAUGGCUCACUUUGCUUCUAUUUGUGUUGGAAUUUAGAAGAACGGGGUUAGAAGGAACUAUUAGUACUACUAGUAGUGCUAGCUUGAAACCAAAGGCUAGUAGUAUUAGUAGUGUGAUGAUGGGUGAAGGUGAAGAAGGGAAAGAUUUGGAGGGGAAUAUAAUUGGGAUGGAUGUGAUAUUGGAAGAUGGAAGUAGUAAGCUUCCUUUCUUUGAAUUGAUGAAACGUGUGUGGCUCAAGUUUAUAGUGAAUCCAAAUUCAUAUGCUUGUGUUAUUGGCAUUUCAUGGGCUUUCAUAUCUAAUAGGUGGAAUUUGGAAUUGCCAAGCAUGGUAGAUGGAUCUAUAUUGAUCAUGUCAAGAGCAGGGACAGGCACUGCCAUGUUUAGUAUGGGUAUUUUCAUGGCACUUCAAGAGAAAGUGAUAUCUUGUGGACCAAGUUUAGCCAUAUUUGGUUUAGUUUUAAAGUUCAUUGCUGGUCCAGCUGCAAUGGCUAUUAGUGCCAUCGUUGUAGGAUUGCGUGGUGAUGUUUUACGAAUUGCCAUAAUUCAGGCAGCAAUUCCACAAUCCAUCACUUCCUUCAUCUUUGCUAAAGAAUAUGGAUUGCAUGCUGACGUUCUUAGCACUGCGGUGAUAUUUGGAAUGAUUGUUUCUCUACCGAUCUUAGUCGCCUUCUACGUAAUAUUGGAGUUCAUUCAUUGAUUCAUAAUAAAGAUCUCUUUUUGAAACUUAAGCCUGAAAAUUAAGAACAACAAUUCAAAAUUUCUUCUUCAAGAUGUUUAGUAUUUUGAUUUUAUGGUUUCUGUUAGCCACCUAGUUAAUUAUCUCAUUAAAUGUUUCAAAAUCUUGAAACUAACUAUUCAUGUUUUUUGCAUGCUGAUGUUAUGUUAAACAAUUACUAUAUUUUUUAUAGUGCGAUUUUAUAUAUGAGAUUAAUGGUUAUCGAAGGUGUAAAGUUUUGUAUACAUGUAUCCAAAUAAAUCAAACGAUAUAUAUUUAAGUU